CAGCAUUGCGAAAUCUAUCAGUCUCAACUCCGUGCAGGCUUUAGCUCUCCAUUCGCUUCGCUUGGCAGGAGCAGGAGCACACAAGAGUUGUUCACAUUCAGGUUCCUGCUCGAAAAAGAAACUGUGAGUCACAAGAUCGAAAGAAAGACAAAAGAAAGUAGUCACUACUUACAUUCCUGCUUGCUGCUGCUGCCGCUGGAAUCGUAGUGAACAAAAGAUCUCAUCGCUUCCUAUCGAUGCCAAGAUGAAUAACAGGAGAGCGAGGACAGUCCUGGCGCUCUUGAGCUGCUGCUUCUGCCUCUCACUCGCUCAGCAGCCGGGCCGAUUCAACAUUGUUCUCCAGAAUGCCGGCAUUUCCUCCAUGCACACCGCCGUCACUCACUAUGGUAACGUCAUCUUCCUCGACCGCACCAACAUUGGGCCUUCGGCAAUCAACCUGGUCGGAAACUGCCGAGAUAAUCCAGCAGACAUGAUGACCACUCACGACUGCACCGCUCACUCGGUCAUCUACGAUCCAUCCUCUAACACGGUACGCCCCGUUUUCAUAUACUCGGACACCUGGUGUAGCUCCGGCCAGUUCCUUCCCAAUGGAACUCUCAUGCAAACCGGGGGGAGUGCCGACGGUGGUAGCAUCAUCCGCUACUUCACUCCCUGCUCCAGCGGUUCCUGGUGCAACUGGAUGGAGUCGAGCACCAACUUGCAAUCCUCAAGGUGGUACGCGAGCAACCAGAUCCUCCCCGACGGACGAAUUAUCGUUGUUGGCGGCCGCGGAGUCUACAACUACGAGUUCCAGCCGACUGGCGGCCAGUUCUAUCUCCAAGUUCCUCAAGGAUACGGCCGACUUCCAGGAUGA